CUGGCCGCCCCGUCCUUUACCCACAAUCCCCCGCUCCGUACGGCGGAAGUGGCUCCCUCAGGGGGGAGCGCAUUCGCUGCCGCACGCACCGGAAGUGGCGCGGACCGGAAGUGGAGGCGAAACUUCCGCCGUUCCCGCACCGGGAGCGGCGGCGGGAGCGGCCCGGCCCCUUCCCGGUUCCGGCCCCUUCCCGGUUCCGGCCCCUUCCCGGUUCCGGCCCCCUCCCAGUUCCGGCCCCUCCCCCAUCCCAGUAACGGCCGCCGGUACCGGGAGAGCCCCGAGGGGGGGGAGGGGAAAUGGCGGAGACCGCGGAGAGCGGCGGGGGCGGCACCGCCACCGUGACCGAGAGCGGAGCGGCCGAACCGGAGCAGCGCAGUCUGACGCUGAAGCUGAGGAAGAGGAAGCCGGAUAAAAAAGUCGAGUGGUCGAGCGACACCGUGGACAACGAGCACCUGGGCCGGCGUUCGUCCAAGUGUGAGCCCCAAAUCCCCCCAAAAUCACCCCAAAAAUAUCCCCAAAUCCCCCCAGAAUCACCCCAAAAAUAUCCCCAAAUCCUCCUGAAAUCACCCCAAAACCGCCCCCAAAAUAACCCCAAAACCAGCCCCAAAUCCCCCCAGAAUCACCCCAAAAACAGCCCCAAAUCCUCCUGAAAUCACCCCAAAAAU